GUCAGUUGUCAUUGCAUCAGCAUUAGGAUCCAGUGGACAAUAGACUCUCCUCUCUUUCAAUAUGAAGGUGACACUGAUCAUGGUCCUGAUGGCCGUCGUUGGCCUCUCCUCUGCCUACUCCCUCGGCGAUGUCUACGAGAAGCUCCAGCGUGUUGAAAGGGACAUGAGCUCCGGGAGCACCGGGACGAGCAUGUCCUUAGAGAAAGUAGAGAAAAGAGACAUCAGCGGGGGGAGCGGAAGCAUGUCCGUGGAGAGAAUAGAGAAAAGAGACAUCAGCGGGGGGAGCGGAAGCAUGUCCGUGGAGAGAAUAGAGAAAAGAGACAUCAGCGGGGGGAGCGGAAGCAUGUCCGUGGAGAGAAUAGAGAAAAGAGACAUCAGCGGGGGGAGCGGAAGCAUGUCCGUGGAGAGACUAGAGAAAAGAGACAUCAGUGGAGGAAGCAGUUCCUUGGAAAGCAGGGAGAAACGUGAUGCCUUCGCUGUCUCUCACGACCUCGAUCUGAGGCGCCUCAGGAGCGCCAGCUCCGGCAGUGGCAGCUACAGCAUUGAGGAGUGAAGAUUCCUCUGAGGAAGGGACGACUACCGCUCGUUGAACAAGGACUCUGAUGUGACGGCGCUGACCUUCGCCAAACGACCUGACCCUAUUUGGCUCUGCUCAUUUCAAUCAGGAUAUUUCCAAGAACAAUAAAAACUCUUUACAUUAUCUUCAUUAAGACACAAUUGGCAAAACAGUAUUUUGGAUCAUCAUGUCAACAAUAUUGUUUGUUUUAAGUAACUACAGAGAAAUAAAGUGACUAGCAAAAAU